ACGGGGCGAUCACGUCAACAGUCUUUGGUUUGAAUCCGUGCAAUUUGUACACGUUUUCAAACAUAUCCCUCUUUUAAGAAGGACAUAAUGAGCAUUGCAGCCCUUCUUCAAGCUGCAGAGUACAUCGAGCGGCGGGAAAGAGAGGCAGAACAUGGGUAUGCAGCUAUGCCACUUCCUGAAGAUCACAUGGAUCUUGUAAAAAGACACAGGCCGUAUUUAAAGGUGUUGAAGUCCAGCUAUAACUCCUCUGCUCGGCAUAGUGCCAAGAAUCAUACUACCCUUGGGCCAGCAAGGUCAAGCCACAAUGAAUUGGAGAAAAGCAGACGUGCGCAUUUGCGAACAUGCCUCGAUGAGCUGAAGCAAAUCGUUCCGCUGGGAUCCGACAGCAGUCGCCACACGACCUUGGGACUACUCACAAAGGCACAGAUGUUAAUCAAGAACCUGGAGGACAAGUCCUGGAAGUGCGAGCAGGCGAAGGUGCAGCUGUCACGAGAGCAGCGCCACCUCAAGCGUAGACUCGAGCAGCUGAUGAAGCAGAAGGGCGUCAGCGAGGCGGCGAUGCGUGAGCGCAGCAUCAGCGAGUGCAGCUCCUCGACGACCAGCACCGCCGGCGCGUCGUCGUCGUCGUCGCCGUCGUCCAUCUCCCUGCCGGACAUGGAGGUGGACAUCCUCUCAUACAGCGAUCACUUGUCGGACGCGGACGACGACAGCAGCAUCCAUUCCAGCAAUAGUGAUGGAGGCAUCACUGUUCAGACGAAGCGCGCCACUCUACCAAAUUCUCUCUCAUAGUAGAAGGACCUCGGGCUGGCCGAGACAAUCGUGCUAAACUGGGUCGAGGAGGUUUCCACAUAAUCCCAGCGUAACCGCGUCGCUUUUUGUCCGGGAGCGUCAUAUGCUAGUGCGAGUGUCUGUUUACGCCACGCCCUCUUUGGCAAGUAACGUUCGUGGCAACCGAUUCGUAGCAAGAUGAGAAGUAAGUUAGUAAGAAAGGGGUUGAUGAGAAUAUGCUAGUCACUUGCAUCCCGCUGUUCUGUUUCCUCGUAUAUCGGGUGCGCAAAGCGCACGCAAUGGCUCCCAACUCAUUAACUUCACCCGUACGCAGUGUUACCGUCAUCAUAUUUCUCAUCUGCCGCUCGACAGGAUAGUAUGAGAAGGGUUUGAAGUUGUCAUAAAAAUUGCUCAUACUUUUGGUAAAAGAAAGGUGGAUUCUGUCUUGACCCCCGCCACCACUCAAUGUCACCAACGUGAGUGAGUGAUGUGCACGUGCGGCAGAAAGGCUGGGGUGCUGAGAUUAUAGCCUCGUUCACACGAGACCUCGUAUUUAUGAAAUACGGUAUUUGCGAAAUACCGAAUCUAAGACAAAUAC